GCGUUUUAUUGUCUGCUCAAGUUACAAGCGCACGCCUUCUCAGCUUUGUAUUCUUAUAGGGGAAGUUGUACUCCUAACAGGAACUGAGUUGAAACCAACCCUGGACUUUGUGUGGAUUUGUGGUUUCUCGAUUUUUCCCAACAACCUGAAGUGUACAGCAGAUAUCACAGAUCAGUUUGAAGGAAGCGCGAAGCAAGACUAUCGACAUGUUUGAAGUUGGGAGACGUUUCGUGGCAAUAUAUCUGACCUGUGGUAUGAUAAGCUUGGCAAGAUUUAGCUCGGCCUCUAACAGUAAACCAACAGACCUUCGAGUCGCAAGUGUUCGCGACCUUAAGAUCAUGCUGAAAUGGAAGAGACCGCUGACUACUGCUGGCGCACCAGACAGUUCAGUUCUGUCAUAUAUGGUGUCCUACCAGGUUGUUGGGAGCGGCCCCGGAAGACGGGUGCCCGCGACAUCAGAGAGCGCUGAACUUGACUUACAAGAUAACAAACAGUAUAACAUUUACGUUAAAGCCGUUAGACCAAACCAAAGCACUUGGUCGGAUGUCUUUGGAUUACAUACUAACACUUUGGUUCCUGCGAAACCCAUCAAUCUCCGUGUGUCCAGUGUGAACCGUUUGAGAAUCACCGUCGUCUGGAACAGUCCAUCAGUUACUAAGACUGGGAUAACAGAUACAUCGAGAUUAAACUACUAUGUUCGUUUCAAGAACGUAGAAAGCAAAGCGACAAGACAAAUACAAAGUUCUACAGAAAAAGCUUCUUUUACUCUUAAGGCAAACACAAGAUAUGAGAUACAGGUCAAAAGCUAUAAAGUGUUCAAUGACCGUGUGGCUGGUUCGUGGUCGGACUCGUUGACAAUCAAAACAAAUGAAUCAGUCCCAACUAAACCACCAACCAACGUCAAAGUCGUCUCCAGUACUCUCUCUUCCAUAAAGGUUUCAUGGGGCCCAAUCCCUAAAGAUGAUCGUAAUGGUGUCAUUCUGGGCUAUGUUGUGUUCUAUCGUGAAGGUACUUCUGGGUCAUGGUCUGAAAUCGAUGCGAGCCUGGUCUAUACUCAAAACCUGACUGGUCUGACAAGCGGAAAAUUGUAUUCCGUCAAAGUAGCAGGAUAUACCAAGAUGGGACGAGGAACCAGAUCCGGUUCAAAAAGUAUUAUUCUUGGAGGCCAGUUUAUCACUACUACAAGAAAGGUUACUACACAAAAGCCACCAACAGUUUCUGAAAAGCCACACAGCACCUCUCGAACAGCGAGCGUAAAGACAAUUGGCACAGUAGAGAGUGUGUCCACUGAAGCCCCUGGUAAUACAACAGAUGUCUUGCCCACAGAUCCUUACGCUAAAACAUCGACUCGUUCACCGGGUGAAACAGCUAUCAGGCGAUCAUCUGUUCCUUCAGUGUCUUCUAUGCCGGGUGAUCUCUCUCGUCAAUCCACGCCAGAAGCUGAUUCGGAUGGUACAGCUCACGAAGUAACCAAAGAGAACUCUUUGAAAAAGAUUCUACUGAUAGGAGUUCCGGUAGCCUGCGCAUUCCUCUUGUUAAUUAUAUUAAUAGUCUUCAUCGGGCGUUCCCGCAAGAGAAAACAAUUGCAUCAAAACGGUGAGGUUACGAAGUCGAAACGUCGAAAGAGGUCGAAAGACGUUGUUACACGGGGUGCCUUCAGCGUGAGAUAUGAAACCCCCUCGGGAAACACUACGCUGGGCAGCGACUCCAUGACUGAGGGGCUCUUACAGACGGCGGACGAACCGGAUCAACCUGUUAUCGUUGUACAAGAGGCAAAUGGCUCCCUACCAAGGGCGGAGGCAGAAGAUGUCCCUUUGAUAACAGCUGGUGAUUCUGACAAAUGCGAUCAUUUGAGAGUUGAUUUGAGCGCGGAGCAAAAACAACUUGAAGAAGGACGCGCUUCAGGAUUGUACGAAAGUAUUGGGUCUCUUGGAAAAGCUGGGUGCUCCAAUGAAACGAGACGCGACGACGGAAAGAGUGACGACGAAGAGCGUUAUGUCACGCAAGAACAAAUCGAUGCCACGCGUGACAAAGCUUCGUCACAGACCCAGGCUGAUUACAAAACUCCCAACGGUCACUAUAAAACGCCCAAGGCAGAAGUUCAUUAUAAAACGCCCAAGACAAGGGUUGCCAAGGAUGUUCCUGAUUACCAGAACGUCGCAGAUAAGGAACACGUCUACGAGACCCUCGGUUUGAAGCACCCAGGGGAUCCUGUGUAUGAGAAUACCAGAGCUUCAUCCGACAAUGCUGACAGGGGCGAGCAGAAUGAAUCAAGUCCCAUUCACACAGAGAAUAACACGUUUAUUAUUUGGUCAUUUUCAGGUGAAGAAAUAACCAAAGGGAACAAGAUUUUACUGAUAGGAGUUCCGCUGGCCUGCGCAUUCCUCUUGUUAAUUAUAUUGAUAGUGUUCAUCGGGCGUUCCCGCAAGAGAAAACAAUUGCAUCAAAACGGUGAGGUUACGAAGUCGAAACGUAGAAAGAGGUCGAAAGACAUUGUUACAUGGGGGGCCUUCAGCGUGAGAUAUGAAACCCCCUCGGGAAACACUACGCUGGGCAGCGACUCCAUGACUGAGGGGCUAUUGCAGACGGCGGACGAACCGGAUCAACCUGUUAUCGCUGUACAAGAGGCAAAUGGCUUCCUACCAAGGGCGGAGGCAGAAGAUGUCCCUUUGAUAACAGCUGGUGAUUCUGACAAAUGCGAUCAUUUGAGAGUUGAUUUGAGCGCGGAGCAAAAACAACUUGAAGAAGGACGCGCUUCAGGAUUGUACGAAAGUAUUGGGUCUCUUGGAAAAGCUGGGUGCUCCAAUGAAACGAGACGCGACGACGGAAAGAGUGACGACGAAGAGCGUUAUGUCACGCAAGAACAAAUCGAUGCCACGCGUGACAAAGCUUCGUCACAGACCCAGGCUGAUUACAAAACUCCCAACGGUCACUAUAAAACGCCCAAGGCAGAAGUUCAUUAUAAAACGCCCAAGACAAGGGUUGCCAAGGAUGUUCCUGAUUACCAGAACGUCGCAGAUAAGGAACACGUCUACGAGACCCUCGGUUUGAAGCACCCAGAGGAUCCUGUGUAUGAGAAUACCAGAGCUUCAUCCGACAAUGCUGACAGGGGCGAGCAGAAUGAAUCAAGUCCCAUUUAAAUUACAAACUUUUUAAACACACGACGCUUGAAUCCUUUAAUACGGUCAUUUGGAGGAUCAUUUACGAAUCGGAAUUCCUGUCGUCUAGUCCACCGCCGGAUCAGAGUAGCACAAUAUCAAAGCUAGCCUGAGAAAAGGCUCCCGGCGAGGGUGGAAAGAAAACAUAGAGCGAACGAAGCGCUUCGCUCGCCGAAAGUCUUUUGUUUUUUUCGCCCUCAUCGGCUCGCGUCGGUCGCCUAAUUUUUUUUCUGACCUUGCCAGGAACCUAGCUGGAGCCUGUUCGCAGGCUAAGGCACAACCAAGUCGUCUUCGGAACAGGUCUUCCGUAAAAUAAGCCAAGUUGUUACAUUAAGUCGGAAAAAAAUGAAUAGAAUUGUUCCCUUUAAGUCGGGAUGACUCGUAAGCCUCGAAUUAGAUUUCGCGGGAAAUUUUGUCCAUUGGAGGCUGGGGAAACCACUGCAAAUACAGAGGUACAUAUUUUUGUAAACAAAUUAAGAUUUAAUGUUCAAAAAGUAAAAGAGUAUUGUUACAGGCCGGCGAGAAUAUUUUUUGAGUAAAGUUUUUUAACUGAAUUGAGAGGAUAAAGUUUCAUCGUGCUGAAUCUGGGCAUUAA